AUGACAGAAAUAAUCAAGUGGCAAAACAGUGCUAUUCAAGAUGAAAUCGUCCCCAAGCGAAGCACCGCUGAGUUUCAGCUACCUGACAACCUGCACGACCUGGUUUUUAUGGCGAAGCUUACUGAGGAAGCUGAGCGUUACGAUGAGAUGGUGCUGUGCAUGCGCAAGGUGGUGAAGCUAAACAACGAGCUGGACACAGAACAGCGCAAUCUGCUGUCGGUCGCAUACAAAGAUGUGAUCGGGCCCCGCCGCAACGCCUGGCGUGUGAUUUCCUCGAUCGAAAGUCGCGAAUUGGCUAACGAAGAUAGCGAAAACACAGCCCUCAUUGCAAACCUCCGAAGGCAAUUCGCACUCGAGUUGGCCGCUGUGUGUGACGACUUGCUCGGUCUUCUCGACACCUACUUGAUUCCCGCUGCACAAGGUGGUGAGGCAAAAGUAUUUUAUCUUAAAAUGAAAGGCGACUACCAUCGCUACUAUGCUGAGAUAUCAUCUGACGAGUCGCAGCGUAAUGCAGCUCUUGAAGCCUAUAAGAAGGCGACGGAGGUGGCGAACUCCUCCCUCUCUCCUACGCAUCCCAUCCGCCUUGGGCUUGCUCUGAACUUCUCCGUUUUCUACUAUGAGAUCAUGAAGGAACAUGAGAAAGGGUUUCAGCUCGCCCGCCAGGCCUACGAUGAGGCCGUGACGGAAGUGGAGGUACUUGACGAGGAGGCAUAUCGUGAGUCGACACUGAUCGUACGCCUUCUUCGCGACAACCUAAACCUUUGGACAGAUGAGCAGCCCUAA